GCCUGUCAAGAAGAGGGGAGCUUCCUCUCUGCGGAAUAAAGAGAUGUUUCACAGCUACAGCCUGUAUAAUACUUGAACUUUAACAACCAGAAUAUAUAUGUAUACAUAUAUAUUGAUGUUUAAUUGCAUUUAGUAUUUGGUAAAUAAGUUAUCGGAAGCAUUUUUGUGAGAGCAACCUACCACGUCGCAGCCAAAUGAGCGGAGCAGCAUUUCCCUCUCCGACGGUAGAGAUGGCGGAGAUGAACCGUAUCCAUUAUGAGCUGGAGUACACCGAGGGAAUCAGCCAGAGGAUGCGCAUCCCUCAGAAGCUUAAAGUGGCCCCUCAAGCCCAUGAGGACCCCAGUGGUGGAUUACAGGAUUAUCCCUCCAGUGUUAUAAUGCAAGUCCCAGAGAGAAUUGUGAUUUCAGGAGAUACAAAUGACCCUCAGUUCUCCAGACCCAGAGACUUGGACCUUAUCCAGUCAACACCUCUAGAAGCCCUGUCGCUUAAAACUCCACCCAGAGUCCUCACCCUCAGUGAGCGGCCCCUGGACUUCAUGGAAGAGGAGCAGCGGCCAGUUCCAGAUAGUGAGGAGUUGUUGCGACCCCAGGGACGAUUGCGAAGGGAACGCUCAGCCAGCGAGAAUGCAGCAGUUCGUCAUAACAGUCAAUUGGUCCUCAAUGACUCUACUGUGGCCUCACACCCCCCAGCCACUGUCCAACCAUGCCCCUCUGUCACCGUGGCUGAAGAGCAUAACCUGUACAGCGCUAGUGGUGUUCUAUCUUUCAUCCAGUCCACUACACGUCGGGCCUACCAGCAGGUCCUGGAGGUCUUGGAUGAAAACCCACGCAGCAAACCAUCUCUGCGAGGGGGGUCGGCUUCAAGUUCCAACCCCCUGCAUGACUCCAGGCUCGCAUUAUCAACUUAUGAGGCCUCUAUGGAUGGGGCGGGCGAUGACAUGACGGUGGUGGAUGCAACAACAAUUCGGCGUCAGCUGAUCAAGCUGAACCGGAGACUCCAACAUUUGGAGGAGGAGAACAAAGAGCGAGCAAAGCGGGAGAUGGUCAUGUACUCUAUCACUGUCGCUUUCUGGCUCAUUAACACUUGGGUGUGGUUGCGACGUUAAAGAUGGCCUGUAUUUGAACCAUCGGCAUGACAGGAGAACCUACUACUCCUUAUUCAGUGUGUCAAAUUAUUAGCUAAAGAGACCUUGGCACUUGUGUGAGGCCCGUUUCCCACAGGGUCGAUUAUCUUGAUUGUUUUGUUUAUUUAAAACAUGUACAGUUGUUUUUCUGUUGUGGUGUUUUUUUUUGUUUUCUUUUUUUGUUUUGAUUUUUUACUUUUAUUUCAUUUUGUGUAUUCAUUUUCUUGUUUCACUUUUAUUCAGAAUUUACUUGCCCAAUGAUGAAUAUGACUUGUAAAUAUUUGUUCAUGAUACUCAAAGUUUUGGGAACAUUCACAAAUAUUGAACUGCAUAGUUUAUCAAGAUAGAAAGAAAAAAUAAAUAAAACAGUUCAGUGUGUAAACACGCAACUACAUGUAAACAUGUUGAAUAUUUAUUGCAGAGACAACCAUGUGACUUGGACUGGGAAAUGCAAUGCUUAAUAAAACCAUACCUAUCA